GGCUAGCUUCACAUAGGUGUCUCGACUCUCACACCGCAGUUGCUUUUGGUGUUGCUACUCGCUGUCAUUUCCAUUAGGACAGAGGGCAACGCGGCAGAACAGAGGUUAGGAAACAAACACCGCUGRCAAGUGAAAACCAAAGCCCCUCUGGAGAAAGUUUUCCUGUGGAUCAUUUGACUGCAGUUUGGUUGAAGUGAAAGGAGUCUCCAUCCCACUCUGUGAUUGUUUUGGAGAGACAGGCGAGUUGUGUGCUAAAGGACUGCGAUGCACCGCUUAAGGACUUGCGCUGCCCGGCUGCGRCCGCUGACAGCCUCUCAGACUGCUCAGAACUUUUCACAGCAGAGGCGUGYGGCCGUACCAAGGACUUUUCAGCCAUUUAGGUGCUACACCGCACCUGUGGCUGCCGAGCCUUUCCUCAAUGGAACAAGCUCCAAUUAUGUGGAGGAGAUGUACUAUUCAUGGCUAGAGGACCCCAAGAGUGUUCAUAAGUCUUGGGACGUUUUCUUCCGCAAUGCCAAUGCAGGUGCUCCCCCGGGCAUGGCCCACCAGAGCCCUCUGAGCCUGGCCGGUCUCCCUCAAGCCCAGUCUUUGGCGGGGGCUCAGCCCAACGUGGAGAAGCUGGUGGAGGAUCACCUGGCUGUCCAAUCCCUCAUUCGUGCCUACCAGAUCCGUGGGCACCAUGUUGCUCAGCUGGACCCUCUGGGGAUUAUGGAUGCCGAUCUGGACUCUCACGUCCCCAAUGACAUUAUAACGUCCUCGGAUAAACUCGGCUUUUAUGGACUGGACGAGUCGGACUUGGACAAAGUGUUCCGCCUGCCUACCACCACCUUUAUCGGGGGCACUGAGACCGCCUUGCCCCUGAGGGAGAUAAUCCGCCGCCUGGAGAUGGCCUACUGCCAGCACAUCGGGGUUGAGUUCAUGUUCAUCAAUGACCUAGACCAGUGCCAGUGGAUCCGGGAAAAGUUUGAGAAGCCCGGCGUCAUGCAGUUCACCCUGGAGGAGAAGAGGACCCUGCUGGCCCGCAUGGUUCGCUCCACCAGGUUCGAGGAGUUCCUCCAGAGGAAGUGGUCGUCAGAGAAGCGCUUCGGCCUGGAGGGCUGCGAGUCUCUGAUCCCCGCCCUCAAGACCAUCAUCGACAAGUCCAGCGAGAAGGGUGUGGAGAACGUCGUCAUGGGCAUGCCACACAGGGGUCGUCUGAACGUGCUGGCCAACGUCAUCCGCAAGGAGCUGGAGCAGAUCUUCUGCCAGUUUGACUCCAAGCUGGAGGCUGCUGAUGAGGGCUCUGGUGACGUCAAGUACCACCUGGGGAUGUACCACAGGAGGAUCAACCGUGUGACGGACCGCAACAUCACUCUGUCCCUCAUGGCCAACCCCUCCCACCUGGAGGCUGUGGACCCCGUGGUGCAGGGCAAGACCAAGGCCGAGCAGUUCUAYUGCGGAGACACCGAGGGACACAAGGUGAUGUCCAUUCUAAUGCACGGUGAUGCUGCCUUCGCCGGUCAGGGCGUCGUGUACGAGACCUUCCAUCUCAGCGACCUGCCAUCCUACUCCACCCACGGCACGGUGCAUGUGGUUGUCAACAACCAGAUUGGCUUUACCACUGACCCCCGUAUGGCGCGCUCCUCUCCGUACCCCACUGAUGUGGCCCGGGUGGUCAAUGCUCCCAUCUUCCACGUGAAUGCUGACGACCCUGAGGCUGUGGUGUACGUGUGCAACGUGGCCGCCGAGUGGAGAGCCACCUUCCACAAGGAUGUGGUGGUGGACCUGGUGUGCUACCGGCGUUUGGGACACAACGAGAUGGACGAGCCCAUGUUCACCCAGCCCCUGAUGUACAAGCAGAUCAAGAAGCAGAAGGGAGUGAUGCAGAAGUAUGGCGAGAAACUCAUCGCAGAGGGGGUCGUCACGAGACAGGAGUACGAGGAGGAGAUUGCAAAGUAUGAUAAGAUCUGUGAGGAGGCACAUGUUCGCUCCAAGGAUGAGAAGAUCCUCCACAUCAAACACUGGCUGGACUCUCCCUGGCCUGGUUUUUUCAACCUGGAUGGCCAGCCCAAGAGCCUGACCUGUCCGUCCACUGGCCUGACUGAGGAGGAGCUGACCCACAUCGGACAGGUGGCCUCCUCAGUGCCAGUCGAAGACUUCACCAUCCAUGGAGGUCUGAGCCGUAUCCUGAAGGCCCGAGGGGAGAUGAUCAAGAACCGCACGGUAGACUGGGCCCUGGGAGAAUACAUGGCCUUUGGCUCUCUGCUCAAAGAGGGCAUCCACGUUCGCCUCAGCGGCCAGGACGUAGAGAGGGGCACCUUCAGUCACCGACACCAUGUGCUGCACGACCAGAACGUGGACAAGAGAGUUUGCAUCCCCAUGAACCACGUGGCCCCCAACCAGGCCCCCUACACCGUCUGCAACAGCUCCCUGUCUGAGUACGGCGUGCUGGGUUUCGAGCUGGGCUUUGCCAUGGCCAGUCCCAAUGCCCUGGUCCUGUGGGAGGCCCAGUUCGGAGACUUCCACAACACAGCCCAGUGCAUCAUCGACCAGUUCAUUUGCCCCGGCCAGGCCAAGUGGGUCCGCCAGAAUGGCAUAGUCCUGCUGCUGCCCCACGGCAUGGAGGGCAUGGGCCCAGAACACUCCUCUGCUCGUCCAGAGAGAUUUCUCCAGAUGUGCAACGAUGAUCCUGACGUGCUCCCGACCAUCACAGAAGACUUUGCCAUUCGUCAGCUUCAUGACUGCAACUGGAUUGUGGUCAACUGUUCGAACCCUGGCAACUUCUUCCACGUGYUGAGGAGGCAGAUUCUGGCGCCCUUCAGGAAGCCUCUCAUCGUUUUCACCCCCAAAUCCCUGCUGCGCCACCCCGAGGCAAGGUCCAACUUUGACGAGAUGCUGCCAGGCACAGACUUCCAGCGCCUGAUCCCAGAUAAYGGCCCAGUGGUCCAGAACCCAGCCGGGGUGAAGCGCAUCGUCUUCUGCACAGGGAAGGUGUACUACGAACUCACCAAGGAACGCAAAGCCCACGGCAUGGAGGACACGGUCGCCAUUGCUCGCAUGGAGCAGCUGUCCCCCUUCCCCUUCGACCUGGUGAAGGCUGAGAGCGAGAAGUACCCCAAUGCCGACCUGGUGUGGUGCCAAGAGGAGCAUAAGAACCAGGGCUACUACGACUACGUCAAACCCCGCAUGCGCACCACCAUCGAUCGCGCCAAGCCAGUCUGGUAUGCUGGUCGCCCUCCUGCUGCRGCCCCAGCCACAGGAAACAAGAAGGCCCACCUGGUGGAGCUGAAGAAUUUCCUGGACACUGCCUUCAAUCUGGACGCCUUCAAGGACCAGAUGUAACUCUUUCUUCCCGCUUCCUCUGUCCCAGGAUAAGGGGUAUCCUUCACCCUCCACUGCAACCCAGAGGCCUCUCCUCCUCCGUCCCAUAUGCCCACAUACCCCCUGGACUUGGCGCUCAGAGCARGCCUACUCUCCUAGUGGGUGUCUCUGUCUCUAGCCCACAACGGCAACAGUCCUGUUAAUUUAAGUCAUUGCUAUCUUCCCCUACCCAGGCCCUCCUUCAUCGACUCCCCCUAGUCCUGUCUCAGCGUGCCCUAGCCCACCUUCAUCAGACACAUGCCUCAAGACCACACAUUUAGCAGUAGACAGCCAGUCAGGGGUCAGGAAAGCGAACCUUUGUACAGUCUGAUCCUUAGCUUGGUUUUUAUUUUCUAUACCUGUAUUUCUCUGGUUAACACUCCACUCACCAACAAUAUAACCUUCUUGUUGUGUUGGGUGUUGCUUAAGCCCUGUGUGUGUGUGUGUGUGUGUGUGUGUGUGUGUGUGUGUGUGUGUGUGUGUGUGUGUGUGUGUGUGUGUGUAUAACCAAAGCACAUUGUUUAUAAAGCUUUAUAUAUUUUUCUGUGUGUUUCAUUCUGUUGCUGUCACAAUGAUGUCAUCCUUUUGAAAAGCGUCUCCUUACACGUUUCAUCCCAGGUCUCCUUACAUAGCCAAAGGACGGGGCAACUGUUGCAACCAGUUUAAAAUCAACUUUCUCAUUCUUGUAAUGCCUAUUAGAAUAAGAGGUAUUGAAUGCGGGAAACGGGAAAUAUUUUCACUGUCACAUUGUGUUCAGUGAAAUACUAGUACAUUUAACAUGACAAAUGCUCUUUUAUCCAUCUUGCACCAUUUCUCGCGAAAGAGGCUGAGACUUAGAUAAGGGAAAUUGGAGUGAUGAACCAGUGAGAUGAGUUGGUACCAUGUUUGCAUUUAUAUAUAAGGAGUGUUGAACUGGUCAAAUGAGUUGGUACCAUGUUUGCACUUGUAUAUAAAUUCACAUAGGAGACGUUUGUAAAGGAUUGUUCAUACAGCAUUGUCAGGGCAACUUCUGUCUUUAGAUACAUGGCCACUAGCUUUGUUGUCCUACUGCAGAACAGGGCAAGCAGGUUGGAGCUGAUUUCCCCCCCUACAUGUAGUCCUCUCAUGACUCUAGCUAAACACUGAUCUCAUCCAGAUGACAUUAAACUAGACCUGGCACCUCUAGAUGUCUCUCAACAACUCAUGUACUCAUUUUCCUCUUGCAACCCCUGUGCCAAAUUUGUUUUCAAGCAUUUAGCAUUAUUUUGAGGGUGUAUGAAUGAAUUGCCACAGGAGUCUUUUUAGCUGCAUAACUAAUAAUAAAAAACAGGACAUCACCUUUUGUUUGAAUGGCUCCACGAGAAAGCAAAUGAUUUAUUUAUUUUCAUAUAGUGGAUUAAGAUUCUUUCCAUUUUAUUAUUUUUGCUUCAUUCAAUAAAGACUAUCUUCCCAAAUCA